AUGGAAGCUGUUCAUCAACACCAAGAACUCGCUGUUGCUCUUGCUACCCUUCUUAUUCAUGAAGCUGGAAAAGAAAUUACUGCUGAACAUAUCAACAAUGUUCUUCAUCACGCCAACGUUAAGGUUGAAGGUUUCUGGCCAAUUGUUAUGGCUAAAGCACUUGCUAAUGCUGACAUUGAAGAUUUAAUUAUGAAUACUGCUGCUCCAGUUGCUGCUGUUGCUCCAGCUGCCGCUGCAGCUACUGAAAGUGAAACUAAAGAAGAAAAGAAAGAAGAUAAAAAAGAAGAAGAAGAAGCUGAAGAAGACUUUGGUGGAUUUGGUGAUCUCUUCUAA